CAGUCCCUGGUGGUCUAGUGGUUAGGAUUCGGCGCUCUCACCGCCGCGGCCCGGGUUCGAUUCCCGGUCAGGGAACUCAUUUUUGUUUAACUAUUCAACUGAUGUGAACUUGUGUUUUACUCCGUUGCUGGAGGGUUAUUUCCCAUGAGCACCUCGACAUCCAGCAAACGCACAGAAUCAGAGAGAGAGAGGGAGGUGGUCGGUCUCGUUACGAGCUGUACAGUAUGUGACGUCUUACUUCUUCUUUCUCCAGAAAUGUGUCACUGUCUUCUGGUUGUGGGUGAAAGCGACAGGGUGGAAGAACAACAGACGGUCAGCUGUGAUGCUGCUCUUUGUUCUCUGGUCCAGUUUCCUGGUUUUGUGGCCAUCACAAGGUGCGAUGGAGGGCAACAAGCAGGACGUCUGUCAGGGGGACAAGGUCAUGGAGGAGCUCCACGUGCUUGACUUCGUGAAUUCUGCACUCCAUGAGGACUUUAUAGAGCUGACCGAUGUACGUGAAACCUUCAUCUGCCUCCUUUACCCAAAAAAUCUACUCAACUGCUCAUGGUCAUUCCUCACAUUAGAGAAGGAUAUGCAGCUCUCUGUCUCUAUCAGUGUCUGCCAUGAUACCACAACAGUUCGGACUCUGAACCAAUCGUCUGUGGAACGGGUCGGAUCAAGGUCUUUAAAUCUGGAGCAGCAUGAGGAGUUACAUGUAAUACUUCAAUUCAACAUGACCCAUUAUGACAAGUAUAGAGUCUACACCUACUCAUACGACAAAGACACACUGGAGGUCGUGUCCCCACCCUCAAACAUCUCUGCAGCAUUCAAAGAUGGAGACCUAUUGGUGAAGUGGGCUGAAUCAAACCCCAUGUGCUUUGAAUACCGGGUUGACCUGGGUAACCAGGAGCCUCCUAAAAAGCUGAAAUCCCAGCUGUUUUACACAGAGGUGAGUGCGGAUCCUACCUUCACCUACAGAGUGAGGAUGAAGAGGAGGAAACUGGACUCUUGCAUCGGAUCUCAGUGGAGUGAAUGGAGUCCCACUGUCUCGGUGGACCCGUCAGCAGAGCCAGACAAACUCAACACCCUGUCGAUCAUCUCGAUUUCAUUUGGAAUACCCAUGAUCCUCCUGGCUUUGCUGCUGUUUCAGAGGGUGUCAAAACUUCUGUUUCCUCCAAUUCCUCGCCCAGCGCCUAAGUACAUAUAUUACUUGGAAGAAAAUUACCCUUUUAAUUUCUCCCCUCCUGUGCAGCCUUCUAAGGCUGAAGAGGAGAUCACUAAGGUGACAGAAGAAGAGGAGAACCCUUUAGGGCAUUUUAAAAGUAAUAUGGGGAGGACACUUUCAAAUUUGACUCAAGGUCAAUAGCCUUAGCACAGGUUUAUACCUUUCUAUUGUCCAAUACCUGUUGACCACUUCGCUUGUCACACCCUAAACUUUUUUUUUAAACAAAACUUUGUGGUUAUGGUCAAAUCUUCACACGCAAUAGCAUUUGUCUACACAUGUAUAAAUCUCAAUGCAUUUUCAUUUCAUAAACUUCAGAACGCAUUUGCAGCUUCUUUUAUAGGCUUUUGAGAAACACACACGUGCACACCCACCCACACACACACACACAAACACAGACACACACACACACAUACACACAAACACAAACACAAACACACACACACACACACACACACACACACACACAUUUGUACAGCUAUCUUAGUGAGGAAAUUCAUUGGCAUAAUGCAUUCCCUAUCCCUCACCCUAACCAUCCAAACUAAAUGCCUAACCCUGAGCCUCAACCUAACCUCAACCGAAUUGUAACCCUUAAACCAAGUCCAUUAAAGGGGGGGUCACAAAGUGAUGAUUGGCCAAAAAGUCCUCACUUUCACCAAAUGUCCUUACCUUGAGGUUGUAGACUCAAACCGGUCCUCAUACAGGUAGCUGUACAAGAGCAGACACACACACACAACACACAAACACACACACGUACACACACACACACACAGACACACACACACACACACACACAUACACACACACACAUACACACACCUCUCUACCUGAAACUUCAGCAGUUCACUGGCCCUGAAAUGUGGAUCUAGAGCAGGGGUGUCCAAACUUUUUAUCCAGAGGGCCACAUAUGAAAAGAUUCGAAGGUCUGGGCCACUCAUGCCGCGACGCCCCCCUGCCCUGGAGCAGACCGUUGACAGUGCGCCUCAAUUGAAUUGCUCAGGGCAGGGGUCGUGGCAGCGUUCUGAGGGACAGCUGGCAGGUCAGGGGUGAGUUGGGCGCCACCUAGUGUCUAAACUGAGAAGUACAAUACGGUGGGCCAUAGUCCAUUACAUUACAAUUCAUUUAGCUGACGCUUUAAUCCAAAGCGAUUUACAAUCAAUGCAUUCAAGGGUACCCGAGGGUACAAACCCCGAACAACAAGAAUCAAGAAAAUACAAUUUCUUCAAAAAUAGAGCAAAACUACAAAGUGAGUGCCAUUUAUGUGCUACUAAAUUGUGAGUUUAAAAAAAAAAAUUUAUAUAUAUAUAUAUAUAAUUUUUAUAUAUAUAUAUAUAUAUAUAUAUAUAUACAAAAAUAAAUAUAUAUAUAUAUAUUUAUUUUUGUAUUUUUAUUUUAAAUAUUUUGAGGCAGGCCAAUUUAAAAUGGAUGGCAGGCCGCAGAUGGCUGUAGUUUGGACACCCCUGAUCUAGAGCUUUGACAAAAAGUGUGCCCCUUUUUGUGUGUGUGUUUAAUAAAGUUUGGUAAUGCAUCAUCA